AUGACCGUCCCCGCGCAAGAAGAGGGCCUCACACCCUCCCAGCUCGCCACCUUCAACCGCGACGGCUACCUCAUCAUCCCAGGCGCCCUUUCCCCGGAAACUGUCCAGGGCCUGCUCGCCGAGACCCACUCGCUCCUCGACAACUUCUCCCUCGCCGACCACCCCAUGACACGCUUCUCCACCGGCGAGAAGGCAGACCACGUCGGCGACGACUACUUCCUCACCUCGGGCGACAAGGUGCGCUUCUUCUUCGAGGAGGACGCCUUCGACGACGCCGGCAACCUCGCCAAGCCCAAGGCCCGCGCCAUCAACAAGAUCGGCCACUACCUGCACGUGCUCUCCCCGCCCUUCGCCGCCGUCUCGGACCCGGCCUCGACCGCCGCUGUCCCGGGGAAGCCGGCCGCCGUCGCGCGCAGCCUCGGCUUCAGGGACCCCCGCUGCCUGCAGAGCAUGGUCAUCUGCAAGCAGCCCGAGAUCGGGGGCGCCGUGCCGCCGCACCAGGACUCGACGUUCCUGUACACGGACCCGCCGUCGGCCGUGGGGUUCUGGUACGCGCUUGAGGACGCGACGCUGGAGAACGGGUGCUUGAGCUUCUUGCCGGGCAGCCACCGCUGGGCGCCCGUGGCGAACCGGUUGGUGAGGAAGGCCGGGGACAAGGGCACGGAGAUGGUGGAGAACCAGGGGCCGCGGUUCCCGCCGGGGGAUGAGUACGCUGCGCAGAGCGAGGAGGGGAAGGGGGCGUAUGUGCCUGGCGAGGUGAAGGCUGGCGACCUGGUGCUCAUCCACGGCAACUUGCUGCACAAGAGCGAGAAGAACCUGAGCCAAAAGGGGCGGAUUAUCUACACGUUUCACGUCAUCGAGGGCGAGGGCACGAAGUAUGAUGAGAAGAACUGGCUGCAGCCGCCUGAGGCUGGGUUCACCAAGUUAUAUGCCUGA